AGGACUCCUCCAGUGAUCGCAGGGAAUGGCCUGCAAGACUGCAUGUUUUCUUUUCCCCGUCUAUUUUCCACGCCUCGUUCGGUCAUUUUCGUUACUUUUUACCGAUCCUCUCUCAUUUAACCCUCAGAGAGCUGCCCUGGAUAUUUUCUCUCCUCCCAUAAUUUCCACUGAAUAGAGUGAAAGCGAGCUUGGAAUGUGUAUGAUGUGCUCUUUGUGAAGCCCCGGAUGUAGUCAGGAUGUGCUGUGAGAAAGAGGGAGGUAGAGAGGAUCAGUUACUUGCGUUUUAUUAUAAUAAUGGGGAUCAGGUAAUAAAUCGCCGUUUGCGGAGCAAAAAUCUGGCGUAUUUAAAUGCUGAAUGAAAACAAGAGGAUGUAUAUUCCCGAGGAAAACCAUCAAGGCACCAACUAUGGUAGCAGCCGGGCAAUACUUGCCCAUGGCCUUCCCAAUGCCAGGACGGACGGUCUGGCUCCAGAGCACAUCCCAAGUCCGGGGGCUGCCUUGUCUUGGCAGGCGGCCAUCGACGCGGCCAGACAAGCCAAAGCCGCCGCGAUGAUGGGCAACAAUAUGGUCUCUACGGCCAACUCAACCCAAAGGAAAAGGCAGCAGUAUAGCAAGCAGAAAAAACAAGCUAACGCCGCGACCACACGUCCACCACGGGCUCUCUUCUGUUUGACUCUCAAAAACCCUGUGAGGCGAGCAUGUAUCAAUAUAGUCGAAUGGAAGCCAUUCGAAAUAAUUAUUCUCCUAACUAUUUUCGCUAAUUGUGUGGCCUUAGCAGUCUACAUACCUUUCCCAGAAGACGACUCGAAUGCAACCAAUUCCAACCUGGAACGAGUGGAAUAUCUCUUUCUCAUCAUUUUUACAGUGGAAGCAUUUUUGAAAGUGAUAGCUUAUGGACUCCUCUUUCACCCCAAUGCGUACCUUAGGAAUGGCUGGAAUUUGCUAGAUUUCAUUAUAGUGGUUGUAGGGCUUUUUAGUGCUAUUUUAGAACAAGCGACCAAAGCAGAGGGAAUUAACCCAAUUGGAGGUAAAGCUGCUGGAUUCGAUGUCAAAGCCCUCAGAGCAUUCAGAGUCCUACGACCAUUACGCCUAGUGUCUGGCGUUCCUAGCCUCCAGGUGGUGUUAAAUUCAAUCAUCAAGGCCAUGGUCCCGUUGCUGCACAUUGCUUUGUUGGUGCUGUUUGUAAUCAUCAUCUACGCCAUCAUAGGAUUGGAACUCUUCAUGGGCAAAAUGCACAAAACCUGCUUACUUAAUGGAUCAGGAACAAUUGCUGAAGAGGAACCUGCACCUUGUAGCUUAAAUGUUGGACAUGGUCGCCGAUGUUCAAAUGACACGUUAUGUAAAAGUGGAUGGGUUGGCCCCAAUGACGGAAUCACUAAUUUCGAUAACUUUGCCUUUGCUAUGUUAACCGUAUUUCAGUGCAUCACCAUGGAGGGGUGGACUGAUGUCUUAUACUGGAUGCAGGAUGCCAUGGGCUAUGAGCUACCUUGGGUCUAUUUUGUGAGCCUGGUCAUCUUUGGAUCCUUCUUCGUUUUAAAUCUGGUUCUUGGUGUAUUGAGCGGAGAGUUUUCCAAAGAGAGGGAGAAGGCCAAAGCUCGUGGUGAUUUUCAAAAGCUAAGGGAGAAACAACAGUUAGAGGAGGAUCUCAAAGGCUACCUGGACUGGAUUACCCAAGCUGAAGACAUAGAUCCGGAGAAUGAAGAUGAAGGAAUUGAUGAAGAUAAACCUAGAAACUUGAGCAUGCCCACUAGUGAAACUGAGUCUGUGAACCAUGAGAAUGUGGCUGGUGCAGAAUUAGAAGAUUUGAACUGCUGCGCUAGACUUGGGCACCGAAUUUCCAAGUCCAAGUUCAGUCGAUAUUGGCGAAGGUGGAACCGAUUUUGCAGGAGAAAAUGUCGGGCUGGAGUGAAAUCUAGUGUGUUUUACUGGCUUGUAAUAUUUCUAGUAUUCCUCAACACCCUCACCAUUGCAUCUGAGCAUUACAGCCAGCCUGACUGGCUUACUCUCGUUCAAGAUACUGCAAACAAAGUCCUUUUGGCACUUUUCACUGGUGAAAUGCUGCUUAAGAUGUACAGUCUUGGACUUCAAGCUUACUUUGUAUCACUCUUUAACCGUUUUGACUGUUUCAUUGUCUGUGGGGGAAUCCUUGAGACUAUUCUAGUGGAGACCAAGAUUAUGUCCCCACUUGGUAUUUCAGUGCUUCGCUGUGUGCGGCUUCUGAGGAUAUUUAAAAUUACAAGAUAUUGGAAUUCCUUGAGUAACUUGGUAGCUUCCCUUUUGAAUUCAGUUCGUUCAAUUGCUUCUUUAUUGCUGCUCCUCUUCCUUUUUAUCAUCAUUUUUUCACUCUUGGGCAUGCAACUUUUUGGAGGAAAGUUCAAUUUUGAUGAGAUGGAAACAAAACGGAGUACAUUUGAUAACUUUCCUCAGUCCCUUCUCACUGUCUUCCAGAUCCUGACAGGUGAAGACUGGAAUUCAGUGAUGUAUGAUGGGAUAAGGGCAUAUGGAGGGCCAUCUUUCCCAGGAAUGCUGGUCUGUAUUUACUUCAUCAUCCUCUUCAUCUGCGGGAACUAUAUAUUAUUAAAUGUAUUCUUGGCCAUCGCUGUGGACAAUCUGGCUGAUGCUGAAAGUUUGACUUCUGCACAGAAGGAGGAGGAAGAAGAAAAGGAACGCAGAAAACUAGCCAGGAACUCUAGCCCGGAAAAAUCAACAGAUAAUGAGAAGCAACCAAUAGAUGAGGAAAAGAAAGCAGAAAAAAUUGAAUUAAAGACAAUCACUGCAGAUGGAGACAUGCCUCCUGCCACAAAGAUUGGGUUGGAUGACUAUCAGGAUGAGGAGAAUGAGGAGAAGAAUCCUUACCCUACCAAUGAAUUCCCAGGAGAUGAAGAUGAUGAUGAGCCGGAAAUGCCUGUAGGACCACGUCCGCGUCCUCUGUCUGAACUACAUAUAAAAGAAAAGGCUGUUCCCAUGCCUGAUGCCAGUGCAUUCUUUGUCUUCAAUACUACAAACAGGUUCCGGGUGCUGUGCCACAGGAUCGUCAAUGACAACAUUUUUACAAAUCUCAUCUUAUUCUUCAUCCUCAUGAGCAGUAUUUCUUUGGCAGCAGAAGAUCCUGUCCGCCAGGACACAAAAAGAAAUCAAGUUCUUACCUAUGCAGAUUAUGUCUUCACUAGUAUCUUUACAGUUGAAAUUAUAUUGAAGAUGACCGCCUAUGGGGCAUUCAUUCACAAAGGCUCCUUCUGCAGGAAUUACUUCAACAUACUUGACUUGGUUGUGGUUAGCGUUUCUCUCAUCUCUUUUGGAAUGGACUCCAGUGCAAUAGCAGUAGUAAAGAUUCUCAGAGUGCUGCGUGUAUUGAGACCUUUGAGAGCCAUUAAUAGAGCAAAGGGAUUGAAGCACGUUGUUCAGUGUGUGUUUGUGGCCUUGAGAACCAUUGGUAAUAUUGUGAUAGUGACCACGUUACUCCAGUUCAUGUUUGCCUGUAUUGGUGUACAACUCUUCAAGGGUAAACUCUACACCUGCACAGAUGGAUCCAAACAGAGAGAGUUUGAAUGCAGAGGCCAAUAUAUUUUGUACAAAGAUGGGGAUGUAACUCAGCCGACGAUAAGUAAACGAAAAUGGGAGAAUAGUGAAUUCAACUUUGAUGAUGUCCCCUCUGCUAUGAUGGCUCUUUUUACUGUCUCAACAUUUGAGGGAUGGCCACAGCUACUUUAUCGAGCCAUUGAUUCUCAUACAGAGGAUGCUGGUCCAAUUUACAACUACAGAGUGGAGAUAUCCAUCUUCUUCAUCAUCUACAUCAUCGUUAUUGCCUUCUUCAUGAUGAAUAUUUUUGUAGGUUUCGUCAUUGUCACAUUUCAGGAACAGGGGGAACAGGAAUACAAAAACUGUGAACUGGACAAAAAUCAGCGCCAGUGUGUGGAGUAUGCCUUAAAGGCUCGGCCUCUUCGGCGAUAUAUCCCAAAGAAUACUUACCAGUAUAAAGUGUGGUACGUCGUAAAUUCCACCUACUUCGAGUACCUGAUGUUUGUUCUGAUACUGCUGAACACAAUCUGCUUGGCAAUGCAGCACUACGGCCAGUCACCAACCUUUGGUCAAGCCAUGGAUGUACUUAAUAUGCUCUUCACCGGACUCUUCACAGUUGAAAUGAUUUUGAAGUUAAUUGCGUUCAAGCCCAGAGGUUACUUUAGUGAUCCCUGGAAUGUUUUUGACUUCCUCAUCGUAAUUGGCAGCAUUAUAGACGUCAUUCUGAGUGAGAUCAAUCACUAUUUUUGUGAUGCAUGGAAUAUAUUUGAUGCCUUAAUUGUUGUGGGUAGCGUUGUUGAUAUAGCUAUCACAGAGGUGAACAAUUCAGAUGAAAACUCUAGGAUUUCCAUUACCUUCUUCCGUCUAUUUCGGGUGAUGCGCUUGGUGAAACUGCUAAGUCGAGGUGAGGGAAUCCGAACAUUGCUGUGGACGUUUAUCAAAUCAUUUCAGGCACUGCCAUAUGUUGCUCUCCUGAUAGUUAUGCUGUUCUUCAUCUAUGCUGUGAUUGGAAUGCAAGUGUUUGGAAAGAUUGCCAUGAUUGAUGAGACUCAUAUCAACAGGAACAACAAUUUUCAAACCUUCCCACAGGCUGUCCUGUUGCUCUUCAGAUGUGCUACAGGUGAGGCCUGGCAGGAAAUCAUGUUAUCCUGUCUCCCAGGAAAACGUUGUGAGAAAGAAUCAGCAUUCCAUGAGCCGGAACCUAACUGUGGAACCUAUUUUGCUUUCUUCUACUUUGUUAGUUUCUACAUGCUAUGUGCCUUCUUGAUCAUCAACCUCUUUGUGGCUGUAAUCAUGGAUAAUUUUGACUAUUUAACUCGUGAUUGGUCCAUUCUUGGUCCUCAUCAUCUGGAUGAAUUUAAGAGAAUCUGGGCUGAGUAUGACCCUGAGGCCAAGGGUCGCAUCAAGCACUUGGAUGUGGUUACACUCCUGAGAAGGAUACAACCACCUUUAGGAUUUGGCAAGUUAUGUCCACAUAGAGUGGCCUGCAAACGUUUAGUAUCCAUGAAUAUGCCUUUAAACAGUGAUGGCACAGUCAUGUUCAAUGCAACUCUCUUCGCUUUGGUUCGAACUGCGUUAAGAAUCAAAACUGAAGGGAAUUUGGAACAAGCAAACGAAGAGCUUCGAGCUAUUAUCAAGAAAAUCUGGAAACGCACAAGUAUGAAGUUGCUGGAUCAAGUUGUACCUCCAGCAGGAGAUGAUGAAGUUACUGUUGGGAAAUUCUAUGCCACCUUCCUAAUUCAGGAUUAUUUUAGAAAAUUCAAGAAGCGCAAAGAACAAGGCAUUGUUGGGAAAGCAGUGCAGAAAAACGCACUCUCUCUGCAGGCUGGUCUGCGUACUUUGCAUGACAUUGGCCCUGAGAUUCGUAGAGCAAUAUCUGGGGACCUGACAGCAGAAGAAGAACUGGAAAAAGCAAUGAAAGAGGCUGCUUCAGCUGCAUCUGAAGAUGACAUUUUCAGGAGGGCUGGUGGUUUAUUUGGUAACCAUGUUAACUAUUAUCCAAGUGAUUGUAGAGGCUCCUUCCCACAAACUUUCACCACCCAACGUCCUUUGCAUCUCAAUAAAUCAGGAACUUCUCAAGUUGAAAUAGAGUCGCCAUCCCAUGAGAAAUUGGUUGAUUCCACCUUCACUCCAAGCAGCUAUUCUUCAUCUGGGUCAAACGCCAAUAUUAACAACGCCAACAAUACUGCAAUAUCUAGAUUCCCAAUUCCAGUCAACUACCAAAGCACCGUCAACACAGUGGAUGGUCAUAGCAAUUCUUUGGCUUCAGCACUUAUAUUGCAAGGCGCAACAUGGAAGAUCAAUCCCAAAAGCUCAGAUUCUGAAGAUAGCCACUUGCCAAUCAUCCAGCGAGAGGAAGCAUCUCCUGAUGAGAUUUAUGAUGAGAACUUCAGUGAAGAUCCUGACUGCUGCAGUGAGGAGAGCAGACUUUCUUCACAACUGAAUUCUUAUCAAGAGCAUGAUGACAAACAGCUCGCUCUGUCAGUGAAUUACUGUGAGGAAAGCGAUAAAAGGAGGCAGUCUCCUUCAAAGGGGUUCCUUUCAGCAACAUCAUUAGGGAGAAGAUCAUCAUUUCACCUGGAGUGCCUAAAGAGACAGAAGAAUCAGGGCUUGGAAGUUUCUAGCACAACUCCACUCUCUCAGAGGACAGCACUCCCACUACAUUUAAUUCAGCACCAGGCAUUGGCUGUUGCAGGACUAAACCCAUUGCUGAGGAGAAGCCAUUCUCCAACACAAUUUUCCAGACUAUGUGCCACACCUCCAGCAACUCCAUGUAGUAGGAAGAGGUUGCAACAGCGUAUUCCAACAUUUUUUCUGGAUGGCAUUGAAUCCUAUGAGAAACUAAACAGCAGCCUUCCAUCAGUAAACUGUAGUUCCUGGAACUCUGACAACUCAAAUGAAAAUAUCAAAAAGGCCAGGCCAGUCUCUCUGACCGUGCCCUAUCACUUCAGGGAAAAGGGAACUGAGUUUCAUGGCAGUGCUGGUAGUUUAGUAGGAGCGGUUCUGAUCUCAGAAGGGCUUGGUCGAUACGCACAAGACCCCAAAUUUGUUGCGGCGACAGCCCAUGAAAUUGCUGAUGCCUGUGAUAUGACAAUCGAAGAAAUGGAAAAUGCAGCAGACAACCUGCUCAAUGGCAACACUAAGGCUAGUCCAAAUGGCAAUCUGUUACCCUUUGUAAACUGCAGAGACUACCAGCAACAGGAUAUUGUGCAAGAUUGCACAGAAGAGGAGCAGGAUUGUGAAAAAAGUGAGGAGGAAUUUGCAGAUGAGAUGAUUUAUGUAAGCACCCUGUAGUGACAGAAGAUGGUUUUUAUUCUUUGCUUAAAUCAGUUUGUUUCAGAAGUGCCUCACUGUUCUUGUGACAUGAAGUAACCAGAACAGCUGCUUUCUUCAUUUGCUGUUGUGAAUUGGGAGUUGAGUUGAGCAAUUGUAGCUCUGAAUGCUUUUUUAAAAAAAAUUAAAAUUAUUAUAAAAAUCAUGACUUCAGGUAGCAAAGUGGCAUGAUCUUUGAACCUGUGGCAGAGAUCCUAUCCAACAUCUCAAAUAUGCUAAGACAUUUUCAGGGUUCAAGAGUAUAGGAGGGACCUUGGAGGUGAUGGAUGUCCAACAGAGGUUGUAUGUUUAGCUGAAUGAUUGGCCAAACAACAACUAAAUCAGCCUUGGUUUUUAACAAAAAGAAAUGCAAAUUAUGACACACACAACACAUUUAUGCACACAAAAUAUAUCUUAUGAAGGAUUUGUCCCUCCUAUUAUAGAAUACCUCAGAAAGUAAAAUUCCUUGAAUCUUACACUCUGAAGAAGUUUAGAUGCUUGGUGGGAAAGAAAAGAGGAAAUGUAUACAAUUCGCAGAUGCAGUUAGCCAUCCUGCUUCAGCUUUUAAUGAUGGAGAAUGUGUCAGUAAGAUAGUCUUUUUAAGAAAGCUUAUAGCUAAACUAUGAGCUGUUUGGUGUACUGUUCAUCCCACUUAUUUCCACUGGGAUUGCAUUCUGAAAGCAGGGUAAUUUCUUACUUGGAUGUGCUUGUUUGUGUUAUGGCAAUUUUUGACCAGCCACUUUCUAUGUUUCUUUCCUUUCAUGAUUGUCGGAUCCUUGUUUUUUUUUAAUGGUUAAGAGAUAUUUUAUAUUUUAGAGAGAAGUUCAUAAUUAAGUGGAAUCACUCAGUGUUCUUGCUGCAUGCACCCUAUAAUGAAAAUAUUUACGUUUUAGAGAAUAAUACUUUAUUUUAAAUUGUAGCUUAACUGAUUUCAGUACCAAGGUUCUGAGUAUAACACAUACCAUUUAUCCAUUGGCUGCUCAGAUGACAUUUUGAACCCAUUUUACAUUUAUUUAAAUGAUUUUGUAGCGGAUCUGUGGCAGAUUUGGGUCUACAAUGAGUUAGACAGUGGAAAUCUUAUGAGGUAAAUUGCUUAACUGGUCUUGCACCAAAAUCCCAUCCUCUUGUGAUCCACAAGAUAUGCAAAAACAAUGCAAUAAAGCGUGACUGUAAUCAAUAUAAGCGUAUUAAAUUUAAAUCGUAGAUUAUGUAUAAGUAAGAAUGCAUAUGUAUAUAUAUAUAGAUAUAUAUAAAACUGAGUAAAUAUAGAUAUAAAUUUAUAUUUCUGUAUGUAUGAAAUAUAGAUCUAAAUCUAUUCAGUGUGAUGGAUUCUUGUAUUUGCUUUUGUUUGAGAACCUGUAAUACUUGAAUUCAGUUCAGUUUUAGUAUUUGAAAAAAGACAAAAAAAAACAAAACUUGUGCCAAGCAGUUCCUUUCCAAUGAAUUUGUUGAAUACACUGGUGUAUAUCUGAUGCAUGGAAAUCAUUAAACUAUUCAAGUGUGCCAACUUUUAAGUGCUUUCCAAGUCUGAAUCAAGUAAACGUUUUUAAUCAAAAUUAAAAAUGUACAUAUUGUAGUUACAAUGAAACAGCAUCUUCACAUAUUUAAAAUAUACUGAUUUUGCAUAUCUUGUGUUCACUGUUGUUGUUGUAGUUCUUGUUGUAUUUUGUUUCUACCCCCUGAUUUGCAAUCUCUCAGACACGGAGUUUACUACAAGGAGGUGCAAUGAAUAUUUAACUACUCAAUUUACCUUUGUUUUCUCCUGACCCUUUCAAGUUGCAAUAUCCUUGUUGUUUAAAGUGGAAUCUCAGCUUUUUCUUUAAAUUGUAAAUUCUAAAAAAUUGCUAGGUUCUCUACCACAAAGCUGUGUUUUCUUGAAAAAUCGAGCUUGUAGAGUGCAACUAAAACAAAUUACCAUCGGUUGGAUACUUACAACACAUCCUGGGAAAUUAAUGCCACUUUAGUUAGCUAGUUUUAUCCAGCUUUGUAUUUAUUUCUCCCAUAAAGGAUCAUUCACUGAUAAAGGAAAGACAUUUUUAUUAUUUCUCCUAAAUCCUGUGACAAAUUUUAUAUAAAACGUCUGUAGACCAAUAGUCAGCCACAGUUGUGUCAUCCCAUCCAAAGUGCACUGCAGUGAAAUUAAGCAACAGAAUCUCUUGGUGGUGAAAACAAAAACUGCAGUGUUCUCAAUUGGUGUUCUGUACAGCACAAAAACAGAGAAUUUUGUCAAAGCUGAAAUUAUUGACAGUGAACUUAGCCUUGAAGAUUGUUUAUGUACAGUUUUUCUUUAAAUCUGCUUCACAAUUUGAAUUUCUAAAAAAUAUUAUCUGGGCCAUAUUACCUACAUAUUAGGUAAAAUACUUGAGUAAGAAAUGAGAGGUGUGGAAGUGCUGAAUCAUAAAUUUGGAACAUACAUUAAUUCUGCUAGAGGCAACAUUAGGUAUGCUAUUCAGACCUAAGCUGCAUGUUUAAUUAUUAAUUUAAAGUACUUUUUUCUGUGACUCAUAAUCUGAGCUUUCUCUUUGUAAGGCUAUGUCAUACAUACUUUACACUCAGAAGCAAUAUAAUCAAGUAUGUGAAAAUUGAUUUACAUAUGCAACAAUUUUUGCCAUAAACUAAAAUUAUAAGUCAUAUAAUCACUAUCUCCACUAUUUAUGAGAACAAUCUUGUGCAACAAUCAUCUUCAUUUGACUUAAAUAACAUUUGUUUUAGGGUAUAGGAGAAAAUAAAUAAUGUCCAACAUAUCUAAUCUGAAUGAAUACUAUUUUUAUAAAAUUCAGAAGGUACCAUCAGCAAACAAUUAGAGAUAAUAGUUGGCUGGCAGAAAUUAUGGACAUGUUAGAAAAUAUUUCCCUGUAUCUCAAAAGAUAAACCACUUGACUAUACAGAGCAUGAAAACUAUGUAAUUAAGAUUAAGAUAGUAACAAAAAUAUUGCUGAAAAUUUAAUGUCCAUUACUUUAUGUUUUUAAAGGUCAUUUAAUACAUUAUGAUGAGAAACAGUUUCAAUGUUAAUCACUUAUUUUGAAUGUACUAUGAAACAUUUUUAAGAAGGAACCUCCAUGUAUAAGUUUGAAAGAGGAGAUGAAUAAGUAAAUAGCUGCAUCAAAGAAAGGAGAGUUUCAUUUGUAUUUUGUAAGUACUUUCAAAUUUUAACUUUUCACUGUCCCAUUUGGAUUCAGGAUUGAGUGCAACCCAUGCCAUCCUAAGUUCUUAAUUGUCUGUGAGCCUACUGCCUUGGUUAAAACUGGUUUCCAUUUCAAUGAGUAAAGUAUUUUUCUUUACUUACAACAUAUAAUCCUUGUUUGUAUAUGAAGCAGCGUUUUCCUUGAUAUACAUGUUUGAGAGUUUGAAAUUUCAUGUAGUACCCCAGCCUUCCAUCUGCAGUUUGUUGCUUGGGAUGUACAUAAAUAUAAAGGGCUGUUAUUAUUUGUGGUAAGAAAAAAGAUUUGAAAUGCUGAGCAUUAUUUUCUCAUUCUGACAUCAAAUACGAGCAAUGCUACUGGCUGCUUUUAGGAUGAAAUUGAUUUCAGUGUAAAUUGUAGGAUUGUGUUAUUUAUUGAAUCUAUACCAAUGUUAAAUCUCCAUGAAGGCAUAGAUCUUUCAUAGCUUAUAGGCUUUUUUUCAUUGUGAACUUUGGAGAAAAACUCAUUAUUGACAACAGCCCAGUUUCCCCCAAACCUACCAAUUGAUUGUUCAGAUCGCAACUCUCCUCAUGUAUACAGAGAAAACUAAUCGAAGGAUUUAUAUCAAGACUGCAGAUGGGAAUUCCUAUAUUUAUGCAACUUACUAUUACGCACAUUUUACUAUAAAGGAGGGUGAUCCCUUCCACAGUCAGCAGGUACCAACCCCUAUGAAUUGGUAUGUGCUUGAGUUCUGCUUUUAGCAGUAUGGUUGCCCACUGGCUCUGUGCUAAUCCUGAGGGGAGAAAAGAGAAUUAGAACUAUCUGAAUACAUUAUACCCCAAAAUUGGAAACAUUUUAAAGCAAUUUCAGAACUCAUUAUAAGUGACAAUAUCAGUACAGCAGAAACCCAGCAAUUGAAUGGCAGCCUUAAAUUCACAGCAUCCAUUGGUUUGUAUGUAAUUUAUACCAAAUAAUUUAUUUUUGAUUUUUAUUAUUUUACUUCCAACUUGCUCAGCAUUAUGCCCUGAGUGUAGUUGUCUAUUGGUAACAGUGUGACCUUGAUGUACAAUAUGAAAAGUCUAAUGGUAAUGUAGAGCCUGAAAGAGUAGGCAUGAUAUCUAGUAUCAUGCAAUAGGCACCAUCAUGUAGCAAGGUUUGAUUAUCUGGGAUGGGAUGAAGACUAUAUAAUGAAUAAAGAAAUCAUCCAGUCCACAUUAACAUCUGUUAAACAAAUAUUUCAUGUACAUUAAGUCUGCAAAAAAUGUGGAAAUAUAGUUUUAUAAAGUGCAGACUAUAAACAAGACAAAGGAUCCCACAUUUUAAAGCUAAAUUAUUUAGUUUAAGUUCUCGUCUUCGCAACAUUAAAAUGUUUGAGAGGCCAGUUAUUUAAUCAGCAGUUUUGAUUAUCUCCCUUUCUAUCUUUUGUGUUAUGCUUGCACCUAGUGAUAAUGAUGGUGUUCAAAAAUUGGGAAGGGGAAUUAAAAGCUUCAACCACAACCUAUUUAUAUUUUAUUGUGUCCCAUAAAGUGGUAAGGCUGUGUCCAGCAUCAGCUCUAUGUCUUAACAUUGUUUUCAUUUUCCCUGUCUUUUGAUCCUCUGAAUACAUUUUCAUACUGAAGCUAAUUAUAAGAAGGAUUUACAUAUUUAAUUUUCAUUAUGAUUAUAUACUGUAAAUUAAAGAGGUGCUUCGAAUGUAGCUCUGUUUAUUCUGGAUGUACAAUAUUUAUAGGGGUUUUUGUAAUGUGAUAAAUUUUAAUUUCUGUUGGAAAAUUUUGCUUUGCAACAUUAAAUAUUCAAUGGGAUCAGAAUUCCUAUAAUUUAAGCAUAUUAAUGACAUGCAAGCCUAAGGUCUCACUGAACUUUGGCAAACUUCUUAGAAUUUCAGCAUGGAACUGGGCCUUUUAGUUAGCUUUAUAUAUUGUUGAUCUGAUUAUGCACCCCAGGAACUGUAGUGCUGCCAUGUGUGUCCGGAUACAAAACAAAUCUAACCUUGCAAAAUUCAGUUGGGCUCUGGGGGCCUCUGUCAUAACUGUAGGGUGCUAACAGUCUGCAGAAGGCAUGGUGCAGGUGCAUGGGGCAGAAGGACUAUGGGGAAUGUAUAGUUACAAGGGAGUAGGGGAUUCUGUGGAGGCACCAGGCAGGAGUGCCUACAUUUUUAUUGACAACAUGUUAAUGGUGGCUUCUUCUUCAACGCCUAUUUGAAAUGGGUAGCAUAUAGCUGGAGCACUGCUCCAGGUGCAUUAUGAGGUAAUCGCCCAAUACAACAACUUGGCAGACUUUCUUUAAAAUCUUCAGUUACCUGAACAAAAAUCUAAGGAAUAAAAUAUGGAACAUGCAAUGGAGACAGUGCAGGUCUUUGUAGCUGUCACAGAAACUGUAUGUCCAUAAAAGAAUAAUUUGCCUGUUUUGGACUGCAUAAAGAGAAGCUCAGGAGGGAAAAACGUGGCAAUACAAUGAUGGCUUACAUUGCAGAGUUUCAGUGAGACAAUGGCCCAGAUCUUCCAGUCUCCAGAUGGUGGGAGAUCGGGCGGAUGACCCAAGAUGGGACUCAGGACCCCAUGGAACUUCUUAUGGGCAAUUCCCCUGCUCCACAAGAUCAUCCGCCAAUGCCUCCAACUCUAACUCCGAGUCGGAGACUUUGAACAUUCCACCGUAUUUAACCGGAUAAUUUCCUUGGAAAUGUUAGACAGAAAAAUCCUAGUCCAACUCCUGGCUAAUUACAGAAGUGACUCCCCACUCACACACUGACUCCCCAACUUCCGUCCCAACCCUCCCCUGACCCCUGGACUACCCACCCGAUCUGAAUUGACUACCCACCUACCCACUCACCCAUCUACUGACUCACCCGCCUACCCAUCUGCCACCUGCCACCCCACCCACUUGCCACCUAGCCUACCUGCCACCUAGCCAACUGCCAUAUCACCCACCUACCCACUUACGCUUAACCACCUACCCACUUACCCAUCUACCCACCCUACCCAUUCACCCAUUCACACUGGACAUUUAAAUUUACUAUAUGGCAGCUAGUGCCAUAAAAGGGGGCAUGUCCUGUGUCCCCACUGAUGCCACAGCACCGCGAUGGAGUUCUUUGUGGGAUUGUGCAUUCCGCAUUUCUGAAAUUCGAGUGGAGCAGCAAUCCGACGAUGAUUGCCGCUUCGUGGAAGCUCCAGGCCUAUGUUUAAUGGUGAUUAUUGGACUGGAAUUUCACAUGCUGGUCAGCUACGACAAGGCCAAGGGUCAAAAAAGAGGAGGAAAAUUUGUAGCGUGUACAUUUGAAAAGCACUUGUCUUUUACAAUUACACUUAACACAUUUUUCCCUUCAAUCCGCAAAAUUAUAUGUGUCAGAUAUGAAUGGUAACUGACUAUUUGUGGAAAGUUAUUUCUGUCAGGGACAUGAGUGAAUCCAGAAUUAUCUGAAACACUGUUGGUAGGGUUUGCAAAAGUUGUUGUUUUAUUUAAAUUGCUAUUAUUUAGUAUUGCAUGCAGAAUACAUGAUUAAUUCCCUUCUCUUUACCACCUGUUUGAACAGUUUUGAGUCACUAAAUUUGACACUUUUGUACUCUGUUAAAAAAACCAAACAGAAAAAUAGAUUGUUUGUAAAUAACCAAUGUACAGUUUGUAACUGUAAUGUUAUUCUGUCUAUGGUGGGAUAAUCCGUCUUGCCCUCGCACGUAAAAUUUAGAAUGUAUUGACCUAAAACAAGUUAUAAGUUAACCUUUAAUUUGGACAAUGUAUAUUCCUGUAAGAUUGCAUUUUUAUCUAAGGAAUGAUGUUAUUAAAAAUUGCAAAUAAAUUAAAUUUCCU